AUGUUUUGUUUUUGUCAUGGACUUUUAACAUACAAGGAAGAAAAUACUUUCAAAGAUUUGUGUUGAUGUACAUGUACAUUGUAUGCUGAUACAAAUGUACAAUGGCUUGCUAGAAGAAAAAAAAUAAGAAAAUACAAAUUUACAAAAUGUAGCUUGCUAUCAGUUUAUUUUUUAUCUUUUUGUUGAAGAGCUUGUUUUUGAAGUGUUACAUGGACAGUUUGAUAAAAUCUUCUUUGAGUACACAGGAUUGUGGGAAUGUUAUAGUGAUAAUUUAUAUGUAGGAAUUUUAGAGUAUAACAACAGGAGCGGUUGGAUUGACACAGUGUAAUAAUUGUAUUCGUAGAGAUGUAAUUGACAGUUCAUUAGAAUAACGGAAUCAGACAAUUGAAAUGUUGAGGACAGCCAGAGAAUAAGGAUAACAUGAUAGAUUGAAGAUAAGGAAAUUGUAUGCGAAGAAGUUGUAUUAAGAGUAUGGUCCUGGAGGAAAAAAUUUGAAUAGAGACAGAAUUCAAAAGUUAAUGUUUGCCUAAAGAAGAAUAACUGUUCUAAAACGACUGUUACGAGGGAAGGUGAUGUCAUUUGACGACAGUUGCCAUUAUGAAGAUCAAUGAUAAGAGUUUAUCCAAGUAUGCCAGUUCCGGUGCUCCACCGGACAAGGAGGGAUAUCUACACAAGCGUGGUGAUUUUAACCGAGGGUACCAGAAAAGAUGGUUCAUCCUUAAAGGAAACUUGUUAUUCUAUUAUGAGAAAAGAACAGAUAAAGAUCCAAUCGGUAUGGUAGUUCUGGAAGGUUGUACAGUGGAGUUAUCCGACCAUGAAGAUGGUUUCACAUUUAUGAUCAAUUUCCCAGGGUCAAACUCACGUACGUACGUUCUGUCGGCUGAUACUCAGGAAGAUAUGGAGGCUUGGAUGAAGGCAUUGUCAGGGGCAAGCUAUGAUUAUAUGAAACUAUGUGUGAACGAACUUAAAGCUCAAUUACAAGACAUUGACUCGAACUCUGAUAGAAAACUUGUACAAAGUGCGUUCGAAGAUAGAAACAACUUAGUAAGACAGGGGCAUGUACAAGAUCAAUCCGGAUUUAGUAACAAUAUAACAAACUCUGCAUUUAGUGGUCAUGCGCGACGGCACAACCCGUUUGAUGACGAUUCAUUCGAUCGAGGUAGUAUGUCAAGUCGAAGUGAAUCGAUUAGUGAGAAAAAAGCUCGAACUUUUUUAGAAAUGCAUGAAGAAUUUAAACAAGAGAUUAAAGAAAUUACUCAAGAAUGGCUCAAAACUCACCAGCAGUCGUUGUUAGCUGAACACCUCAAAAACAGCGUCAGUGUAACGUAGUUUAGGAGUAAAAAAAAAUAAACGUUAAUAUUGUAUAUGUUAUCAUAUGACCUGAGAUUUUUCAUAUUGUGAUAGACACUAUGGCCUAUGUUCUUUCAGUGUAAUUCAUAAGUUUACAGAUUUAAUUGGGCUGUUGUCGUUAUUUUAACCAUCUUGACAAUUUUUCUACCUUUUCAGGAACAUGGCUCAAACAUUCUACCCAUUUCACUUUUAAAUGAGAGCUAUUAUCUGGAGUUUUUCCUACUUUCUUCAAGAAUAUUUAGCUCAUCUAAGAAUGAUUUGAGUGGAAAUUUUGUGGUAUUAGCUUAUAUUGGUCCAGUCAGUUAAACAGCUGCCAAAGCUAAAAAUAGAGAUGAUUUUUUUCAAAUGAUCUAGUAAACCAAUUCAUAGGAACUAGAUGAUCCCUAUAAUUGUACUAAGCAUUUUUGAGGCAUAAUGGGCCUUUAAUAUCUUAAACUCUGUUGGUAUGAAAGUGAUUUUUUUUGUGAAACACCUUUAGUAAAUAAUCAGUUAUGGAAAAGAGACCUAUGCAAAUUUAAAGCAAGAGAACUGGAGAAAAGAAUAUUUAGUUCUCUUGAUGUACAAUAUUAUUGAAUUUUGUGAAUUAAUGUGACAGUAUAGCAUGAAAUCAAAAUCUCAUCAAUUAUUGAUCUUAGCACAUAUUGCAUAUCUAUAAAUUUUAUUGCAAAUAUUAUAAUAUUUGAAUCAAUCAGUUUGAAGGGAAAAAUCACUUGCAAAAAAUUUGUAAUUACUGGUUACUGGUAAGUAACCUAGGAAAGCCUUCUUGGUGGAUUAAACCCCUGAGAUAUGACCAAACAUUUGUUAAGACAUUAACAUAUAAAGAAAACAAUGGGGAAAAUAAAGCAGAUAUCAAGCAUUAUUUCAGUACUGACCUAUGAACCUAUUCAACUUUUUUUGUCUAGUUUACCAAAAUGCGUUUAAACAGCUUUAACUCUUAGCCUACUCGCAGCAACUGAAUCUACCCAAGUGACAGUAAGUCAAGGUCAACCUGAACAUCUCUGCUUACCUUUAAUGAUCUACACUGUGCGCUAUUCUCUCCAUAUAUUAUAUUUUGAAAAUUUUCCGUAUUAUUUAAAUGAUAAAUGGUUUUGUCCAGAUUGAAAGAUGGAAUUGCCUAUUUACAUACAUGUAAGAUAUUAGCAUGGUAAAUGAAAAGGUUAAUGUUUUAAAGAAUCAUGGUACAAGAAAAAAAUACAGCCAAAGUUCAUGAAUUUCAUGUUUCAACUUGAAGGUUAAGGUCAUUUAGAGGUUGUCUCUUUUUAGCUCACCUGUCACAAAGUGACAGGGUGAGCUUUUGUGAUCGCUUUUCGUCCGGCGUCCGUCCGUCCGUCGUCCGUCCGUCGUCCGUCCGUAAACUUUUGCUUUAAAUGACAUCUCCUCAUAAACCACUGAUCCAAUUUCAUCCAAACUUCACAGGAAUGUUCCUUUGGUGGUCACCUUUAAAAAUUGUUCAAAGAAUUUAAUUCCAUGCAGAACUCUGGUUGCCAUGGCAACCGAAAGAAAAAUCUUUAAAUAUCUUCUUUUAAACAACCCUAGGAGCUAGAGCUUAGAUAUUUGGCAUGAAACAUCUUCUAGUGAGUGUCUACCAAGUUUGUUCAAAUAAAAGCCCUGGGGUCAAAAUUGGCCCCGCCCCGGGGGGUCAUUGAUUUUCCCUAUAUGCAUAUAGUAAAAACUUAAAAAAUCUUCUUUUAAAGAACCGUAAGAGCUAGAGCUUAGAUAUUAAGCAUGAAACAUCUUCUAGUGAAUGUCUACCAAGUUUGUUCAAAUAAAAGCCCUGGGGUCAAAAUUGGCCCCACCCCGGGGGUCAUUGAUUUUCCCUAUAUGCAUAUAGUAAAAACUUAAAAAAUCUCCUUUUAAAGAACCCUAAGAGCUAGAGCUUAGAUAUUUGGCAUGAAACAUCUUCUAGUGAAUGUCUACCAAGUUUGUUCAAAUAAAAGCCCUGGGGUCAAAAUUGGCCCCGCCCCAGGGGGUCAUAGAUUUUCCCUAUAUGCAUAUAGUAAAAACUUAAAAAAUCUUCUUUUAAAGAACCCAAAGAGCUAGAGCUAAGA